UGCUCCUCUGGCCUGUCCCCAACUUCCCACAGUCGCUUCCCCUUCCCCGGUGUGCGGCGGCAGGUUCUCAGCAGGCAGCGGCUCUCGCCUUCCCACGGCGCGGGGCCGGCAGCUCCCGCACCAUGCCAGGGUUUCUGUCCUGGCCGGGGCAGCUGCUGGCGGUGGCCGUGCUCGUGCUGCGGCCGGCCGGGAGUCUCGGGGUUCAGUGUCCCAUCCCAAGUAUCACACACGGCCAGCUGAAACCUGCACAGAACUUCACCUACGGCAGCACAGCCACCCUCGAGUGCGAUGCUGGCUACAUCCCCGUGGGUGCCAUCACCACCGUGCGGUGCCUGGGCAGCGGCAGAUGGCACCCGCGGGUGCCCGCCUGCACCCUAGGUCACUGUCCCUACCCUCCUGCCAUCGACCACGCAGACCGAAACCCUCAGCGCGAAUUCCCAGUUGGGACGACCGUGACCUACGUCUGCAGAUCCGGAUACGCUUUGCUCCCCGACGUCUCUCCAAUAACUACUUGCCUUAAAAAUUUCACGUGGUCCUCAGUCCCAAAGCUUUGUCAGAAGAUGCAGUGUCCCAGCCCGACCAUCCCCCACGGGAGAGAGACCAGCCCCAGGAAAGCCGAAUACAGCUUUGGGCACCAGGUGGAAUUUCAGUGUGACCCCGGCUAUGUGCUGAGGGGCAGCCAGAGGAUCCAGUGCUGGUCUGACGGGACCUGGAGACCCCCCGUGCCGUACUGCGACAAGGUCUGUGCCCCCCCUCCAAAAAUCGCCAACGGGCAGCACUCUGGCUUGAGAACGGAGCAGUUCUCCUAUGGCUUAGAAAUAAAGUACAGCUGUGCGGAGGGUCUGUCCCUCAUCGGGGACGACUCCAUCUACUGCACCUCUGACGACGGGGUGAACCUGGCAUGGAGCGGCCCUGCCCCGGAGUGCAAGGUGGUUCGGUGCCCCAAGCCCACGGUCGAGAGAGGAAGGAUGACUCCGCAGAUGUUCACCUUUCCCUACGGGGCGGCCGUGCGGUUCUCCUGUGACGAAGGCUUCGUGCUGCGCGGCGAUGCCGAGAGCCGGUGCCUGGCCGACGGCGCCUGGCACCCUGCCCUGCCCACCUGCCAGCCAGUUCUCUGUCCACAGCCACAGGUGGCUAACGGAAGGCUGAAAAGCACUUUGGAUGGCGAAAUGUGGUACCAAGCAAAUGCGACUGUUACUUUUGAAUGCCUUGACGGAUACCACUUUUUAGAUGAUGGAAGCAUGUCUCCAGAAGACUCUCGGACAGCCACAUGCUUGCCUGAUGGCAACUGGACGCCGUUGCCCGAGUGUAAGAAAGAAGAUGCUGCUAAUGUAUGCGAAGAGGUUCAUUAUAUUCAAGCAGCCUUUGAAUGCGAUGUGCCUAUGGCAGAAGUGAAAACUCUGCUGGAAAUACAGAAACUGUUUCUGGAGAUCAAAAAACUAAAGGUGGAACUAGAAAACUUGAACGUGCAAGUCCUGUAAUGCACCAUAACAAUCGCCUCUCCUUUGGUGAGCACACAGUUUGUGCAGUCAGUAUCUAUAAGGCGGCUCUUGGUGACUUUAUGGUUCAUGCUUGCAUGCAUAUAGCCAGAAAAAUAAUAAUCAAUGUAUGGGAGACUGCUUUCAUCAUGCUAGAGCAUAGAGGGGUUUUUGCUCUUUUCCUUAAAUCUGACAAGCUUGAUUUGACAUUGCACAGACCUGUUGUUUCACAUUUUAUUUCAGGACGUAUAGUAAGAAAAUAAACUGAGCUUCUCUGAGUCACUGCAUAAACCGUGCUAAGCUGAGAUAAGGGGAACUGAAGUCCACGGAAAUAAACUUCUAGCUGAGCUGAGUGUCCCGUGGUUCUCUCUGAAGGUGCUUCUGCUGUAACCUUCCGGCUGGUGGUUUGCGCACACGCCGCACCCUCUGCCCGUGCUGAACUCAGCCUUUCUUAGCACUGGCAUACUUCUUCUAUCUAGAAAUAGCAGUGAAGUAAGCAUUUAACUGUGUGAUUUCCUGUUAACCUGGCUCGUGAUUUCUAUUCAUCUAGCUAAGGGCAGUUACACAUAAGAAAUGCAUUUGUAAAGGCUUCUCUUCGCUUAUCCCUGGAUGUAAAACAGGCAACGGGUUUCUGGCCCAGCGCUGUACUUGACAGAUAUCUGGUGCUGGGUCAUCUUCCAUGUCCCUAUUUCUGGCAAGGAAAUGCUAAGAACAGAUGUUGUAAGUUUAAGUGUAGAGAAUCAGACAGCAAAGAUUGUUCUCACAACUGAAUAAACGAUGAUCAGUUUAUGUAGCUCUGUGAUGCAGCAACUACUGCUUCCCUUCAGGAUUACAAUAAAGACGCAGGUGUAA